GGCCCAGUAACAGAGAUACCCCAGAGAGAUGUCCCCGUCCUCUGUAUUCCCAGGAUUGUACAGAGGAGUAUCACAGGACCCCACAGGAGGAUCAGGUAGAACGUCUUUCUUGUAUAAAGGCAGAAGAUAUAAGGAGAGAAGAAGAGACAUAUGUGACUGAUAUAAAGGCAGAAGAUAUAGAGGAAGAAGAAGAGACAUAUGUGACUGAUAUAAAGGCAAAAGAUAUAGAGGGAGAAGAAGAGAUGUAUGUGACUGAUAUAAAGGCAGGAGAUAUAGAGGGAGAAGAGGAGACAUAUGCGACUGAUAUGAAGGCAGAAGAUAUAGAGGGAGAAGAAGAGACGUAUGUGACUGAUAUAAAGGCAGAAGAUAUAGAGGGAGAAGAAGAGACGUAUGUGACUGAUAUGAAGGCAGAAGAUAUAGAGGAAGAAGAAGACACGUAUGUGACUGAUAUAAAGGAAGAAGAUAUAGAGGGAGAAGAAGAGAAGUAUGUGACUGAUAUAAAGGCAAAAGAUACAGAGGAAGAAGAAGAGACGUAUGUGACUGAUAUAAAGGCAGAAGAUACAGAGGGAGAAGAAGAGACGUAUGCGACUGAUAUGAUGACAGAAGAUACAGAGGGAGAAGAAGAAACGUAUGUGAGGGGUGAUCAGCAGUGUAAGGAGGAGGAGAUCCCUACAGAUAUCAGCACAGGAGAUGGACACACAAGCAGGAAUAUCUCAGAAGGACAUCUAAUGUUAUCCCCGGAUUGUGACAUAAAAGAUAAUGACAGUAGACAGGAUUCUCCAGGAGAUAACCCCAUUACCCCAAAUAUACAUCCAGCUCUAUCAGCUGAUCCCUCUGAUCCUGGGAAAUGUUCUCCUGAUCACUCUGAUAUUGGUGCAUCUGUUACAGCUCUGAGAGUAGAUUCAGUGUUUCCUUGUUCUAUAGAUGCACCAUGUUUUACACAGAACACAAACCGUAUUACUCAUCAGCCAGCUAAGGCAGGUGAGAGGCCAUUUCCAUGUUCUGAGUGUGGGAAAUGUUUUACAUAUAAAUCAGAUCUUGUUAGACAUGAGAGAAGUCACACAGGUGAGAAGCCGUAUUCCUGUUCUGAGUGUGGGAAAUGUUUUGCACAGACAUCAUCUCUUGUUACACAUCAGAGAAGUCACACAGGUGAGAAGCCAUUUCCAUGUUCUGAGUGUGGGAAAUGUUUUACAUAUAAAUCAGAUCUUGUUAGACAUGAGAGAAGUCACACAGGUGAGACGCCGUGUUCCUGUUCUGAGUGUGGGAAAUGUUUUGCAUGGAAAUCAGCUCUUGUUACACAUCAGAGAAGUCACACAGGUGAGAAGCCAUUUUCAUGUUCUGAGUGUGGGAAAUGUUUCGCAUAUAAAUCAGAUCUUGUUACACAUCAGAGAAGUCACACAGGUGAGAAGCCGUAUUCCUGUUCUGAGUGUGGGAAAUGUUUUGCACAGACAUCAGCUCUUGUUACACAUCAGAGAAGUCACACAGGUGAGAAGCCAUAUUCCUGUUCUGAGUGUGGGAAAUGUUUUUCAUUGAAAUCACAUCUUGUUAGUCAUCAGAGAAGUCACACAGGGGAGAAGCCAUAUUCCUGUUCUGAGUGUAGGAAAUGUUUUGCACGGAAACCAGCUCUUGUUAUACAUCAGAGAAGUCACACAGGUGAGAAGCCGUAUUCCUGUUCUGAGUGUGGGAAAUGUUUUGCACACAAAUCACAUUUUGUUAUACAUCAGAGAAGUCACAGUGAGAUGCCGUAUUCCUGUUCUGAGUGUGGGAAAUGUUAUUCAUCGAAACCAGAUCUUGUUAUACAUCAGAGAAGUCACACAGGUGAGAAGCCAUAUUCCUGUUCUGAGUGUGGGAAAUGUUUUGCAUGGAAAUCAGCUCUUGUUACACAUCAGAGAAGUCACACAGGUGAGAAGCCGUAUUCCUGUUCUGAGUGUGGGAAAUGUUUUGCACACAAAUCACAUUUUGUUAUACAUCAGAGAAGUCACACAGGUGAGAAGCCAUUUUCCUGUUCUGAGUGUGGGAAAUGUUUUUCAUCGACAUCAGUUCUUGUUAAACAUCAGCGAUUUCACAGAUGAGAAGCCAUUUUCAUGCUGUGAGAGAAAUAAAUCUGCUCUUGUUGAACAUAUUAGACAUUACCCAAGUACGGAACCAUUUACAUCUUCUGGAGUAUAAUUAUCACUGUCGUCCAAUGUUCCUCAAGGGUGAAUCCGAUCUCUUAUGCUUUAUAAAAUAUACAUGCUACCAUGGGUUAUAUAAUUAGACGUCAUGGCCUGGUCUACCACUGGUAUGCAGAUGACCUGCUUUUUGCUCCAUGUACUGAGAACCUAAUACCAAUCCUAAAUGGUUGUCUAGCUGAGCGCCAGGGGUGGAUGAUACCAGUUGGCUGUGACUCAGUCUUUGUGAAACAUAAUAGAAGCUCCCGAACAAAGGACAAGACUACAGCUUUACCAACCAUCUGGAUUUAUGCUUUGGUGUUCAGAAUUGCAAAAUACUAAACAUGUGCUGAAUCUUUGUGUUGUCCUGGUAUGUGGCUGACACAGACAUCAGGUAUCUGCCACAUACUAAUCCUCAUUCUUCCAUCUGUGGACCAUAGCCAGAAUCAAGCACUUGAUUCCCUCAGAAGUUCAUAGACUACUGCAAUGCCAUCUACCUGGGUCACCCAGCAAAAGAAUUACAGAGCUUGCAGCUAGUACAGAAUGCAGCAGCCAGGCUGUUACCUAACCAGCCCGUUCCUGCCUCAUAACACCCAUUCUCUACUCCCUUCACCGGCUGCCUGUAAGAUGACAAAUCUAUUUCAUAAUUGGUUAACUGACCUUCCCAGCCCAACAUUACAUGGUCCAAGGAACUAGAAGCAGCUUCUGCCUCCUUACUGCCCUGCUUGCUUGCUUCUACAGAUGGACUGUUACCAGCAGUACCAAGAAUCUCCUGUCAUUCAUUUAUGGGUUGAACGUUUAGCUUUGACCAUGGAACUCACUGCCUUGCACAGUCCAAGAGGCCUCCACUCUAGAGACCUUCACAAGCAGACUGAUGACUGUUACUCACGCUUUUCAUUAAUGUACCUCUAUUUACUUCCUAAAUAAUACAUCCCAAAUGCUUAGGUCUUUUUUCUGCUGUUUAUUUUGUAUCUUGUGCUUUGUGUAAAUGUGAAUGUCUAAUACCAGUUUCCACAAUCUGUAUUGCUGCACGACAAUAUGGCGGCCAUUGGAACGUGUUUUCACUUCUUCUAGUUUGCCUAACUUGUUGCAGACACUCAUCUUGAUCAGGAGUGUCGAGUGUUUUCUUAUACAAGAUCCUGUCCAUAUAUACCCUGUACAUUAUCAUGUGCAUUAGAGUCACCCGGGUUCCAUCUGCGGUGGUUUGUUGUAUGUUACAUCUAUAUGGUGCGGAUACUCCCCUGUAUUUCAUAAUAAAAGCUUUUGUUUGCAUCUAA